GCUCGUCGCGGCGCGCCCCGUCAGUUGGCGGCGGCGAGUCACGCGCGUCGUCUCGUACAGCUCUCACUGUAUUAUUACUGCACUUCCACCCGCAUACUUUGCUACCUUUCAGGCUUCGACUCUCACGCUCUCGAGCGUGGAGGUCGCAUCGACCUCGCGUCGCGGUUUCGGUCUUCAGUGGUUUCACUUGGCGCUCCUGGCACCCGCGUUGCUGCAGCGCUGACCGUAAUACAGUAAUUGUGUACAUGCUUGACUCCGGCUGGUCUGUUGGCCGCGUGCUGUGACAGUGAAAUCGUGAGUUUUCGAUUGCGGAUGUGCAGUGAUGGAUAAAUAAGACAACCGCGCUAGUGCACGCGCGAACUACAUAUCGUAUACUUUGUUGCGGAGUGCGAGAGUGGAUCGUCAAAAUUGAGCCCAAACUGUAUCUAGAUUAUAACGCCGCCCCGCUGUUCGCCUCGGAAAACGCCUCCAGUGACGUGUGGAGCGCGGGCGGCGGGGGCGGUACAGCAGCAUGCGGUAGCAGCGGCAUGGACCUGAAACACGAGGUGGCGUACCGAGGGCUCCCCAGCCAGGUGAAGGCCGAGCCGGGCGUCAGCCACAACGGGCACCCGGCUAACGGCCACGUGCGCGACUGGAUGGCGGGCGGAGGCGGCUCGCCAUCCCCGGGCGCGGCGCAACCGCAGCCCAACGGGUACUCCUCGCCGCUCUCCUCCAGCAGCUACGGCCCGUACAGCCCAAAUGGGAAAAUAGGGCGUGAGGAACUCUCUCCAGCAUCAAGUGUGAACGGCUGCAGCACAGAUGGGGAGGCGAGGCGACAAAAGAAAGGCCCAGCGCCUCGUCAACAAGAAGAAUUAUGUCUUGUAUGCGGCGACAGAGCCUCCGGAUAUCAUUACAAUGCACUCACAUGUGAAGGUUGUAAAGGGUUCUUCAGGCGGAGUGUCACCAAAAACGCGGUGUACAUAUGCAAGUUUGGGCAUGCGUGCGAAAUGGAUAUGUACAUGCGGAGAAAAUGUCAGGAGUGCCGGUUAAAGAAGUGCCUAGCAGUCGGGAUGAGGCCCGAGUGCGUGGUGCCCGAGCCCCAGUGCGCGCUGAAGAGGAAAGAGAAGAAAGCCCAGAGGGAGAAGGACAAGCUGCCAGUGAGCACGACCACAGUGGACGAUCACAUGCCGCCCAUUAUGCAAUGCGAUCCGCCACCGCCUGACGCGGCUAGAAUUCUGGAAUGUUUGCAGCAUGAAGUGGUCCCGCGGUUCCUAUCUGAGAAACUGCUGGAACAGAACAGGUUGAAGAACAUACCGCCGCUGACGGCCAACCAGCAGUUCCUAAUCGCCAGGCUCGUGUGGUACCAGGACGGCUACGAACAACCUUCCGAAGAAGACCUCAAAAGGGUAACUCAGACUUGGCAACAGGCAGAAGACGAGGAUGGCGACACAGACGUGGCGUUCCGUCAAAUUACUGAGAUGACGAUUUUGACGGUGCAACUCAUUGUGGAGUUUGCUAAGGGCCUGCCGGGCUUCGGCAAAAUAUCGCAACCUGAUCAAAUCACACUGCUAAAGGCAUGUUCAAGCGAAGUGAUGAUGUUGCGAGUGGCUCGGCGGUACGACGCGACCACAGACAGCAUACUGUUCGCGAACAACGAGGCGUACACCCGCGACAACUACCGCAAGGCCGGCAUGUCGUAUGUCAUAGAGGAUCUGCUGCACUUCUGCCGCUGCAUGUACGCCAUGUCCUUGGAUAACGUGCAUUAUGCCCUCCUCACUGCUAUCAUCAUAUUCUCUGAUCGGCCCGGGCUGGAGCAGCCGCAGCUGGUGGAGGAGAUCCAGCGGUACUACCUGACGACGCUGCGCAUGUACAUCAUCAACCAGCUGAGCGCGUCGCCGCGCUGCGCCGUGAUGUUCGGGCGGAUCCUCUCCAUCCUGUCCGAGGUGCGCACGCUGGGCAUGCAGAACUCCAACAUGUGCAUAUCGCUGAAGCUGAAGAACCGCAAGCUGCCGCCGUUCCUGGAGGAGAUCUGGGACGUGGCGGACGUGUCGACCGCGCAGCCGCCGCCCAUCCUCGACCACCCCGCCGACCUCUAGCCCCUGCGCGCUCGCCUCGCGGCCGCGCGCGCCCGCGGCCUGCUCUGAGCCGCGCGCCCCCCAGGAGAGAACGCUAUAGACUGGCUAGUUUUAGUGAAGUGCACGGACCUGCCGCCGGCGGGCUGCGGCCCCCGCGGAUGUGCGAGAUUAGUGAAUAUAUGUGCUGUUGGACGUUCGGAGUAUAUAUUUAGUGUUGAUCGUUGGCGCGCGGCGGCGGCCCGAACGACCGGCCUCGUUUCGGCCGCGCCGCGGCCCGUUUUUAUUUGGUUACGACUGGAUACUGAGUUGGUCACUCGGAUGCGACUGUGUGAUAAGACUUCGAGUACACCUCAUAAAAUACAUAACAUACGUACGUACGCUAUGAGAGUUAUAGAUAAAAAGUAAUAUAUGAAGAGAUGUUUCUAUUGGAAGUAAAAAAGUUGAUAGUUAUGUUUAUUUACCAAAAUUAACGGUACGUUGAUUGACCUUUUCGAUUAAUAUAUAUUUGUAGUCGUUCGCCGUAACGUUCCGCGAAGCUGGCGCCCUCCGUCGGCGGACGUUGUUGAUCAUUUUCGACUGUGUUUGUUUAUAUAUAGUUUAUGUCACGUGUUAUCGUGUCCUGUCGAUUUUAGUUCCGAUUCAUGUUCCAUUGUCCUGUGCCCGUGUCCCAUUUAACGAAUAAUUAUAAUUUAUUGCUGUGAUUACAUUUAUAAAGUGUUGAGAUAUCUUAUGUAGGCUGAUAUAAGUGUGUCUUAUUACAUAUAGAUUCUACUGUCGUCGGUAGCUUUCAUAAAAGCAUCACCAAUUUCUCGCCUGUAUAAAUAGUUAGAUAAGUGAUUUCUGGGUGAUACGUUUUUACAGAUCACACUGCACUGAGUCAAUGUUACGUUUAGAUUACCUAUAGUCCACCUCGGUACGACCUAAUCUUUUUAUAUAUCGCUUGACAGGCCGAAGAUACUAACGAUACCAGUCACGUAUCUAUAGAUAUCAAUACCAUAAAUCGCCUAAGCAAUAAAUUAAAUUCAUGUAAAAUAGACUUCUCGUGUCCCAUUACUUUAUACAAUGGUGUGAGGUUUGGCGGUCUGUUCGUUUGUAUUUUCUAUCCGAUAUACAAAAAUAAAUAUUAUUAGGCAAUCUUGCGGGCAUUUUGUUUGGCAGCUGUUGUAGAUGAGGUUUAGGUAUAUGACGGCCCCUAAAGUACUAAUUUUAUUAUAUUUUAGUGUCAUAAAUUGUUUUAGAAUUUCUUUCUAGGUUUCCAACAUGGAAAUAAUUAUUAAUAUGAAAUAAUUAUGAGUACGUUUAGAAUAUAAUUUAUAAAGAAAAUGGCAGCUGAUUUAACUCUAUUGUGUUGGAUAACAAUUUGGCCGAGCUUAUUAAAUGGGAACAAUAUUGGUAUAGUAUUUAUUGUAAAUGUUGAUAGAAAACAUGCACGCAAUAUUGCCUUACACAAUGUUUAGCCAAAUCUCACUCCUACAAAUAAUAUAAGAUGUAUCGAAAGUCCAUAUUAUAUUAAAUCGACAGUAAAUUAUUACCUAUUGGCGUAUACAAUAAAGAGAACUGCCAAUUUUUAAAUCACAUACGAAAUGCCUUAUUUCGCGUUACCUGUACUCGUGUACCUACAUUGUUGAGAAUGGAUAUCAUAGUAUAUAGAACCUAAAUUAAUCGAUCUCAAUUACCCAUAAGCGUUGUUAAAUCAUAAACUAAGCGUGUUCUCAAAUCACUGCUGGGCAUUUUUCAUAUAGUCGUUACAGAAAGUUUUUAAUGAUAAAUACCUAAUAGUAAUCGUUGUGCAGUGUCAAUCUUCAAGCCUUCGUCAACUGUGUCAGCUCGUUGAAUAUUUAGCUCACAAGUAGUCGUGGUUCGCUCAUGUCUCAUUGUAACAUGUCACCGACUCGCCGACUCGCCGGCAACCGCCAUCCAUAAUAAUUUUAACGUAAAUUUAAGUCUGUGUUUGGUGCGUAAUGCGUGUUGAAUGUGUCUUCUUUACAUGCCAUUUAGUGUGCUGUAAAUUUACAUAAUAUGUAUGUUUGAGGUUUUGGAAAUGCAUUUCUUAAUAUACGUAUAAAUUCAGCGUGAAACGAUCGAGCUAGCACCGCGGACCGCGCGCUAGUCCGCUUUUAAAGACAUCUUUUCGACUUAUAUUUAUAAUUUUAUUCUAGCAGUAGGCGAAUCUAAAUAGAUGUUAAAGCACAAACGUCACGGAGUGUCUUAGGUGUCUCUGCUGAAAUAGGGGCGUAUUGACAACACACACUGCCAUUACAAACGUAACCCAUGGUGCGAUCUGGUAUGAUUGGGUCAUAACGAAGUGUUUAUUCCACGUCUGAUGUGUUUAUGAGUGUUUAAAGUGAACCUUCACGAUUAAAACUUUACGCUACGAUAUGAUGCCUUAUAACUCGGAUGCGAGGGUAAGCACUCGGAUCUUACAAUGUAUACUUCGCAUCUUGAGUUUGUGACAAUUAUAACUGCCAUUCGAUAAGUAAUUAUACAUCAUUUGACGCGUAGAGGUUCAUACGAAUAGCUUCAUAGUUUACGGACUCCGUCGGUGCGUAGCCGGUCGUAUUUGAUACAUAUUAUUCAAUUUCGAAAUUGUAAUAGAUUUAUUAAGUAUGUAAUAAUCUCGCAGGAGAUAAGUAAUGAAAUACCAUAAUAUAAUUUGUGUCUUAGCUGAUAAUGGAACAUUAGUGUGAUGAUAAGUUUAUAUCGCUUGGAAUGACGAGAGUCGGCACACGAACGAUACGGGACGGGACGGAAGCACAAGACUGCAUGCGCGACGGUUGACGGUCCAUUUGUUGCAAUGCUUUCCCUUCCAAUGCUCUUAAUCUUUUUCAUUUUUGUAUCGGAAGCGAAUGUUGAAGUGACCAAACGUGGCACGUCCAGUCUAUUAGCUGCGGGCUCUCACGAGUCCGCUGGUGUCCAUUGAAACUUUGUAUAUAGGUACCUUUAGAUUCUAUUGUCAUAUGUUUGACAUAUGUUUAAUUUUAUUCAUCUAAUAAAGUACAGAUGGCUGUUGUUAUUUUUAUAUUAUUUGGGUAGAAGUAUAUUUUUUGUAAAUGACCUCUGUAUUUAUCUUUUCUAAGCUUUGUAAGCCAUAGGAACCUAGAUUAAUAUACGAGCUACGAACAUUGUGAUUAAAAACUAACUUUGAAUUUGUAUUUACGGAUAUAUUUUUGUUCUGCGUAUAUAUUUCUUUGUUUCGACAGAUUUUUCUUAAUAAUUUUUUUGUUACUUCAGAGUGCAAUAUGUACAAAUAUUUACAUAUAAAAUAUUAAUUGUACAGUCAAUUUUAGUUUUAAUUUUGUCAACGCAAUAUUGUUCGCUAUUUCAUUCGUUGAAUGUACACUGGAAAGCAUAAUAACUUAUAUCACACGCGAGCAGGCUCGGGUGAGUCCACUCGCUCUCAUUAUUGUGUUUUCUUAUACUUAAGUGAUUAAUUUUACAUAGACGGACUAGGUGAUGUUUGUAUUUAAAUUUGCUAAUUUUUUUGUAGCAGAUUAGAUUUGUUUACUUGGAUAAGAUAAAUAAUGUACAUUUUGAAUUGAUUUUAAAGUGAUUUAGUUGUUAUUUAGUAACGAAUUUUUCUUAUUAAUUAUUUGUAACUGGCAGCCUCGUGGCCAGUCCACUGAUACCAGUGUGAUUCGUGCAAUGUCCAUUAGAAAAAAAUAAACAAUUGAGCUUCGUAUACGCAUACCGGUCGUGUGACGUGAGCCCGCCAGCGCGCGCAGCGUCUGUUGCGUGUUCUCGCGCGCUCACUUCGCUGACAAGUUGAUUUCUGCUAUAUUGUCUUCGAUACUCCUUGCACUGGUUACACCCUCCGCAGAGGAACGGACGGCCAGUCCUCUAGACUCUAGAGUGCCACGUCACGUCGGAUGUUACUGCAAGGCUGAUAUUACGAGAUAAGAGCCCAUUCCGUGUUCUUUAAAACACAUUUUUGUAUAUUGUUUCGUAUUUCUACUUUCCGCAGUGACUAUUACUUUCAUCCUAAUACUAUUGCCUUAGUGAAUCCUCUAUUUUAUAAUUUAACUACAGUGGUGAAGAGAAUUAGAUAUAGGGAACAGACAUGACGAAUAUGUUAAAAUUUUAGAGAGACAACUUUUAUAAAAGAUAAUAUCUACAAAACAAACGAUGAAAAGGUGUGUACAAAACGAGGAAAUUUGUAUGAAACAUUGUUAUGCGAAUAAACUUACACCUCAAUAUAAAAUA